UAUACACUAUAUUGCCAAAAGUAUUGGGACACCCCUCCAAAUAAUUAGAUUCAGGUGUUCCAAUCACCUCCAUGGUCACAGGUAUAUAAAGUCAAGUACCUAGGCAUGCAGACUGCUUCUACAAACAUUUGUGAAAGAAUGGGUCGCUCUCAGGAGCUCAGUGAAUUCAAGCAUGGUACCGUGAUAGCAUGGUACCGUGAUAGGUUGCCACCUGCGCAAUAUGUCCAUCCGUGAAAUUUCCUUGCUACUAAAUAUUCCAUGGUCAAUUGUUAGUGGUAUUAUAACAAAGUGGAAGCAACUGGGAACAGCAACUCAGCCAUGAAGUGGUAGGCCAUGUAAAAUAACAGAGCGGGGUCACGCAUGCUGAAGCGCACAGUGUGCAGAAGUCGCCAACUGUCUGCAGAAUCAAUAGCUAAAGACCUCCAAACUUCAUGUGGCCUUCAGAUUAGCACAACAAGAGUGCACAGAGAGCUUCAUGAAAUGGGUUUCCAUGGCCGAGCAGCUGUAUCCAAGCCUUACAUCACCAAGUGUAAUGCAAAGCGUCUGAAGCAGUGGUGUAAAGCACGCUGCCACUGGACUCUAGAGCAGUGGAGACAUGUUCUCUGGAGUUACAAAUCACGAUUCUAUGUCUGGCAAUCUGAUGGAAAUGUCUAGGUUUGGAAGUGUACAGGAGAACGGUAUUUGCCUGUCUGCAUUGUGCCA